GAAUUGCCAUGAUUCUAUCCCCCACCCGGUGGUUACCCCGCGCCGGCUUACGGCGUGAGGGAUUAUUCUCCUGCUCCGCAGGGCUAUGGGUACUCUCCCUACGGUGCUCCGCCACAGGAUGCCUAUUACUCCGCGGCGCCGCCCGGUGGGUAUCCUUACAAUGCGCCUACGCAGGGCUACGGUGCGCCACAGCAGGGCUACGGUGGUGCGCCACCUCAGAGUGGGUACGGUUAUAAUGCGCCUCCGCAAACGGCGUCGUAUGGGCAGGGGAGCGCAAACCGAUGACCAUUUGAGACAAGUUUUUGGGCAGUAUGGAGAGUUAGUUCACGUGAAGAUUCCAGCUGGCAAGAGAUGUGGAUUUGUCCAAUUUGCAGACAGGAGCUGUGCAGAAGAAGCUUUGCGGGUUUUAAACGGCACACUUUUGGGUGGACAAAAUGUUCGGCUUUCAUGGGGCCGAAGUCCUUCAAACAAACAAGCCCAACCAGAUGCGAAUCAGUGGAAUGGCAUUAAAAAAAUCACCGAAGCGAUCUAA